AUGACAGGUUCACUUUUUGGAGCAUCUCCAACGGCUUCGUUGGUAUCGAAAAAACUGCGUUCGAAGGAUGUUACCACUACCGAAAUCUACGAUAUAUCUGUGCAACUCCUGGAAGGCAAAAUAGCGGUCCAUUUCCCGAAAAAAGAGGUAUUUGUGCUUGAACUGAUUGUGGACAGAUGGAACAAUCAGAAAAACACGCAAUUCAAACGAGACCCGCACAUGUGGCGGCUUUUCAAUCAAAUGUGGGGAGCAGUGGAAUCCGACACGCUGCGCAAGAAAAUAUUCAGAGUUUUGCGCUAUGUACCGCAUUUGGUCCAAACGCUCGAGCUGGAAAACUUGGACCACACUUUAGAGCUCGCAGAAGUGCUGGCCACCAAUUUCGAGCUUUUGAACUCAAGCUUUAUCGUGGAAAUGUCACAAGACCAGGCUAUGGCCAUCAUUGCCGGCAUACUUAGAAUUAUUCUGAGCAGUCCGGAGUUGAAGCGUGAAAUGCGAGAAAAACUUUUGACGGAAACGUUGAGACUCACCCGUGUGUCGUCUGAUGCUGUAACGAACAAUAUUAGCAACAAUAAACUGGGUCAAAGAUUCUGUUCCAAUCUGCUACCCUUCGUCUUGCAGUACAGCGCACAGUACGACGAUGAGUUUGUUUCCUCUCUAUGUGGCCUUAUCGAUAGGUACAUUUUCGCUCCUGAGGUCGACAGUGUCAAACUGCUGUCACAGUUUCUGGGAUCAGGGCAAAAGUGCGAUCUUUCAGAUCAAUGCUACACCAUUUUAUACCGCAAAUGUAUAAAAGCGGUAUCCAAAAAGUCAAUGCUUGAACUGGAAGAAAUCUUCACACUUAUCACCAAAGCACGUCCGUCACUAACUUCCGUUUUACUGCAAGAACUCAGUGCACUCAAGAAAACGCUGUCGCAAAAAUUUUUAGAGGCGUUAUUCGAGGAAAACUAUCAGAAAUUCUCCAGCACGCAAGCUCUUACCGCUGAUACUUAUUGGGCGAUUGCAAAGAAGAUUCUCAAGCUUGAUAUUGAAGUGGGGAUUAUUAAUACGACAAGGAUAAUGAAUGAACUUGCCAAGACACCGGCGACCAGCAAUACGCUUGCGAUAUGGGAGACUUUGAUCGAUUGCUACGUUAACGCCAGAGAGCUCCCUCGAUUCUUGGAUCUAUUGAAAGACUACAGUCAAUCUCCCGACAAGUCCACUGUUUUUGUUGAUGAUGCCAAAUAUCACCAGAAAGUCACCAAGGAGAUUCCCUCCAUGUCGUCCACUCAAAUCAAAGCAUAUUUCGACACAAUAGCCGACGAACUUUCGCGAAGUGAAGUUGACACCGAGCUAAGCUUGAAGCUUCUCAAUGUGGCCGUCAGAGGGCUUUACAGCCUGCCGUACAGCUCGCUUCCCGAACUCGAAGGGUCAUUAACACGCCUUCUCGAAACGGGUAAGCACCAAUGCCCGGCGUUUUGGACUUUCACAUACCAUUUCUUGAAUAUCUAUGCUGACAUCUUCACCAACGAUCGUCUUACACAAAUCCAGAGUAUGAUUUUCUCUUAUUUGGAGGUCACAGAGUCAACAGAAGUAUUCCUGACAGCUUUCAUGCUAAGAGAACUAAAAGAGUUCGAAUUAGAAGAAAUACUUGACAAAUUCAGGAAACAUUUCCGUCAAUCGGACGGUCCUCAAAAGCGCGAACUUUUGCGUGAACUUUUCUGCAAUUGGAGCACGCUACUAAACUUAUGCUUUAGUGAGGAGCUUCUGGCAGAACUGAUCGAUCAGUUACUACUAGCGCAAAAUCUUGACCUACUAGACUCGAUAGCUUUGUCUGAUGACUUUUUCGAGGAGUCAAGAAUCAUGAGCAUACUUACCGAUAAACUGUGUGACGAUAUCUUCAAUGAGGAUGUGGUGAAGCGAUUGAUCAAGAUACCGAUACAGUGCAUCAGUAAAACCACGAGGGUAAAAGCUCUUAAUUCAAUGUGCACGAAGCAGAAACUAAGCAUGGAAGAUUUCGAGCUAGUGUCUUGUUUGCUCUCAAAUCCUACAUUCAAAUCAAGCAUUGAAACGGACGUUUCUGUUUUGGAAGCAAUAUUGAAGCAGGAAUUGUACCUGUUCCAGGUCGGCAAUCCAAUUGUCGAAAAGGUCCUUGCCAAUCAUAUUUCACAAUUAAAAGACGCUAGCAGCAAGUUGUUCAUCACAAAUCUGACCUCGCAUUUGGAAGUAAAAAUGAAAAGCGAAUUCGACGUUACUACAUGCAAAAUGGCAUUCUUGUUUUCCAAAGCCGUUGGUUUUGAACAAGAAAUGAGUGCCACUGUACAAGCCGCACUGACAACCAGACUAUGUUCAUUUGUGGAAGACUCGACUAAAAACUCACAAAGCCAGCCCGUGGUUCUUUGGUCACUAAAAGUGCUCUACGAAAUCUAUGAAUGCACUGAAGUGAGUUCGCUCAAAAAGAGCAUUGACUCAUUAACCAAAAACAUCGCCAAAAAGAUACCUCAAGAUGGUCUCGACGACAACAUGAAAGCUGCCAUUUUCUCGCUGUUCUGUACGACGAAUUCGAACGAGCCAACCUUCUUGUUAGCACAUUAUUUGGUUUUAAGGACGCAUUUGGCGAAGGUGCACAUUUAUCGUGCUAUUGAGAAAGUUGUCGAGACAACAAGCACUGAUUUCGAGAUUUUCAAUGUUAUGCUCUUCUCAACUGUCUCAUCUAUAAAGGAGGCCGAGUUAGACUACUCGGAGGGCAUACUAGAAUUGCUUGAGCUGCUCUUUAAAAACAUCGAAAAGGGAAAUGAACAAGGAAAAAUGCUCUUUUCCGUUGGUCUGUCAGAAAUCAACACCCAUCUAAGAAAUGUGGUAAACUCCAACAAAAUAGCAUUUCUGAGUUUACUCGAUACGCUGAAGAGCUUGCUUGUUUGGAAGCCUUGGCUUUUCAGCCAGCACACCAUUGAAACUCUAUUCCCAUUUUGUCUGCGAGUGAAUGCGGUCGUGAUGCAAGCUAACGAAAUGGACAAUGACGCGGUUUUUACAUGCACGUCGCAGCUUUUGUCACAUAUUUUGAUGUAUCACCGCUUUAAGCUGACAGACCGUCAUCAUUUGGUGAACUCUUACAUGAACUCAGCAUUGGAAAUGCUCACAGUUGGCUCACGCUACGGACUAUCGCCUGAGUCAGCAGAAUCGUUCAGCAGAUUGCUCACAGUAUUCUGCGAGCCCUCUAACGACGCCAAGAACAAUAAAAACAAAACAUCUUUACAGUCGCACGUUGGUCAAGUCAGAAAGUCAUUAAGAAGACAUGCAUCUGUUUUGCUUCUUAAAUAUAUUAGUUUGGCUCUCGGUUCGUCGUUUGACAACCGCGUCAAAGAAGCGCUGACCUCUGGAUUCUUUUCGGUGUUCGACGUUCUCUCACAAGCAGAAUAUACUGCCAUGAUUGCGUUCUUAGACAGCCCGGGUAGAAUUUACUUCAAGACUCUUUAUGCAGAGUACAAGAGAAGUGGGAAAUGGCACGAAGGAUGA